UGCCUCCGGCGGGCCGCAGGUAAUUUGAGUAUGAGACCCCUGUCAUAAAACAAACAUCUUUUGGGUUAGGCACCUAAUCACGUUGUAGAAGUUCCCAUGCUAACGUCACCUGACUGGCGUAAUGUAUCCAUUAUCCUGUGAGGGGCAGUAACGUGCUCAGACAGAAGCAUCUUAACUGUCAAACCCGUAACAAGAGAAGAAGAAGAAGAAGAAGAGCGAGUACAGGCGUACUAACUUCUGCAGGUCAGGUCAAGUCCAGUCCACACACGCUGAACUACAGCCGGGUAGAUAUCUAAAGACAGUAAAGAUUAUUUACCUAUACCUAUGCAGGCAGAAUAUUAACGGUAUAUCUUUAACAUUGUUCGCCUGGUUUGUUCACGCGACGUGCUCACUGUUGUAGCAGCAAAUUACCAACAACAUGGGAAGGAAAGUGACUCUCGCUACUUGUGCAUUAAAUCAGUGGGCUCUGGACUUUGGAGGCAACUUGGAGAGAAUACUGAAGAGUAUUGAGAUUGCUAAAGCUAAGGGAGCCAAAUACCGACUAGGCCCAGAGCUGGAGAUAUGUGGUUUUGGCUGUGCGGAUCACUUCUAUGAGUCGGACACGUUGCUUCACAGCUUUCAGGUCCUGAGGAAGCUUCUAGAAUCUCCUGUCACCGAGGACAUCAUCUGUGAUGUAGGGAUGCCCAUCAUGCAUCAUAAUGUGCGCUACAACUGUCGGGUCCUGUUCCUCAACAGAAAGAUACUUCUGAUUAGACCGAAGAUGAUGAUGGCCAACCAAGGGAACUACAGAGAGAUGCGCUGGUUCUCACCUUGGAAAGAGUUAAGGCAUGUAGAGGAGUAUUUCUUGCCCAGAAUGAUCCAGGAGGUAACGGGGCAGGAUACAGUCCCAUUCGGUGACUGUGUGCUGUCCACCAACGACACUUGCAUUGGCACUGAGUUAUGCCAGGAGCUCUGGAGCCCCAGAAGCCCUCAUAUUUACAUGGCUCUGGAUGGGGUUGAAAUCUUUACAAAUUCGUCUGCCAGCCACCACGAGCUCCGCAAAGCUGACCUAAGAGUCAACCUGGUCAAGUCAGCCACCACAAAGUGUGGAGGUAUCUACCUGUAUGCCAACCAGAGAGGCUGCGACGGAGACCGUGUCUACUAUGAUGGUUGUGCCAUGGUGGCCAUCAACGGAGACAUCGUGGCUCAGGGAGCACAGUUCUCACUAAAUGAUGUGGAGGUGAUUACAGCCACUCUGGACCUUGAGGAUGUGCGGAGCUACAGAGGAGAAGUGUGCCAGCCAAACAUGGAAAUUGAACCCAAACCUUGCCACAGGAUCAAAGUUAAUUUCUCUUUAUCCAACGCUGACGAUAUCUACCUCCCUACCCACCAACCAAUAACAUGGAACUUUCAUACACCAGUGGAAGAGAUCAGUUUAGGGCCGGCCUGCUGGCUGUGGGACUACCUGAGGAGGAGUGGACAGGCUGGUUUUCUGUUGCCCCUGAGUGGAGGUGUCGACAGCUCCUCCACCGCCUGUCUCGUCCACUCAAUGUGUGUGCUGCUGUGCCAGGCUGUAGAGGAGGGCAACAGCCAGGUGCUUGAGGAUGUCCGCAGAGUGGUAGGGGAUGACUCCUACCGUCCUCAGCACCCAAGGGAGCUGUGUGGUCGCAUCUUAACCACUUGCUACAUGGCCAGCGAAAACUCCUCAGAGGACACAUGCAGAAGGGCCAAAGACCUGGCCGAUCAGAUCGGCAGCACACACAUGAAUAUUAACAUUGAUAUGGCAGUGAAAGGCAUUCUGGGUAUCUUCUCAGUGGUUACUGGAAGGUUGCCUCAGUUUCGCACAAAUGGAGGAAGCCACAGAGAAAACCUCGCUCUGCAGAAUGUACAGGCUCGAGUCAGGAUGGUCCUGGCCUACCUGUUUGCCCAGCUGAGUCUGUGGGCCCGGGGGAAGCCAGGUGGACUGCUGGUGCUGGGCUCAGCCAACGUAGAUGAGAGUCUGACAGGGUAUUUCACAAAAUAUGACUGCUCCAGUGCUGACAUCAACCCAAUAGGAGGCAUCAGUAAGAUGGACCUGAAGAGCUUCCUGCUUUACUGUGUCGAGCAGUUCCAGCUCACCUCUCUGAGAGGCAUCCUGGCUGCUCCGCCCACAGCUGAACUGGAGCCGCUGACAGACGGACAGGUGUCGCAAACUGAUGAGGCAGACAUGGGGAUGACUUAUUCUGAGUUAUCUGUGAUUGGAAAACUGAGGAAGAUCUCAAAGUGCGGCCCCUUCAGUAUGUUCUGUAAACUGAUUCACAUGUGGAAGGAUGCACUCUCACCCACUGAGGUGGCCCAGAAAGUGAAGCACUUCUUCCGUAUGUACUCAGUCAACCGCCACAAGAUGACCACAGUGACGCCGUCCUACCACGCUGAGAGCUACAGCCCUGAUGACAACCGAUUUGACCUCCGACCUUUCCUCUAUAACACGCGCUGGACCUGGCAGUUCAGGUGCAUCGACAACCAGGUGUCCCAGGUGGCAGCAAACACCCCAAAGCAAUAAGGAACUCAGGUCUUCAAUGUCCACUGAAAACCAUCAUAACUGUGACAGAUGUAAAAUACGCGGUUGCCCAUGACGUUGGAAUAAUCCAUCCAUCCAUCCAUCCAUUCCAUCCAUUUUCCUCCGCUUAUCUGGGGCCGGGUCGUGGGGGCAGCAGGCUAAGCAGGGCAUUCCAGACGUCCCUCUCCCUAGCUACAACGUCCAGCUCCUCCUGGGGGACCCCGAGGCGUUCCCAGGCCAGGCCAGAGAUAUAAUCCCUCCAUUGUGUUCUGGGUCUUCCCAGGGGCCUCCUACCAGUUGGACGUGCCCAGAACACCUCUAACGGGAGGCGCCCAGGAGGUUCCUUACCAGAUGCCCAAACUACCUCAGCUGACUCCUUUCAACGCGAAGGAGCAGCGGCUCUACUCCGAGCUCCCUCCGGAUGUCUGAGCUCCUCACCCUAUCUUUAGGGCUGAGCCCAGCCACCCUACGGAGGAAGCUCAUUUUGGCUGCUUGUAUCCGCGAUCUCGUUCUUUCGGUCACUAUCCAAAGCUCGUGGCCACAGGUGAGGGUUGGAACAUAGAUGGACUGGCAUCACUGCUGACGCCGCACCAAACCGCCUGUCCAUCUCACACUCCGUUCUACCCUCACUCGUGAACAAGACCCCGAGAUACUUGAACUCCUUCGCAUGAGGCUGCACCUCUCUCCCCACCCAGAGGGGACAGUCCACUGUUUUCCGGCAGACAACCAUGGCCUCAGACUUGGAUCAGACACAAUCCUCUGUUAAUUGUGGUUUCAUUUCCAAUGUGAUAUGAUGAUUGAAUAAUAGAGUUUUGAGAAGAUGUACACUUUAUCUGUCAAGAAUAAAUCACAUUGCCACAGUCAGUUCAUGGAAAGAGGUAAAAAAAUAUAUUUUAUUCCAACUUUAUGGGUGACCGUGUAGUAUUUAGUGACUUUGUGCUUUGAGUAAUGCCAAAUACUUUGUACUGUUUUUGUAAACAGAGGGCCAAUCAGGGGAGACAGUCGUGUGUGGGACUAUAAGGAACCUUUGUUCUACCUCAGUCAUUGUCACAAUUGUGGCAAACUUUGCUAAGAAUCAUGGGAUCAUCUGAAGUCUUGUCUAAUGUGGAAUUCAGUAUUGCAGUCAGUUGUGGCAAAAAAAAAAUGCAACAUAUUAAAUCAUCAAAGUUAAGAA